AUGGCCUCAAAAUUUUCGAGCGUUUUCUAUAGUGGUAUGGAAGGAGCCAUCCGAAAAUUGAAGGCAUCACCAACAAGCAUGAAGCAUUUUACAUUCUCUAAGAAAUGGAAUGAGCUUGGGCACGAGGGAGUCAUGGCAAUUGUGGAAAAGGUGAAAGAUAAGGAAAGAAAUGAGGAACACUUUGAAGUGGACAUAACCGACAUGCGUUUCACAAUUCAAAGCAAAAACUCAAUUUUUGAGUUUGAGCUCCAAGACGAACAAGUCAAAAAAUAA